UUUUUUCAAAUUAGAAAUUUUUACUGCUUAAAUCACUCCAAGAUAAUUUUAUUUUUUUUUCUAUUUCACCAAAUCGGACUUUUUUCUAUUCCGGAUAUACAAAACCCCCAACCUUAUUUGCGGCUUUUUAUGCCGUUUAAUAAUAUUUUUAUUCUCACAUGUUUUUCAUUCUUUUAUUAUUCAUAUUAUUUCAUCACACAUUCUCUACACUCAAUUGUGAAUUGCAAAAAACUUAUUUCGAAAUCUCAUUUGCGAGGUAAAUUAUAAAUUAAAGACAAAAUUAUUUCUCAAUGGACAUUGCGAAAUAUCUCAUAUGUUUGCUUAUGGUCGGCCCUUAUAUAAGCGCAUUUCCUUUAGCGUUAAGAAAUCAGUUACUCAUUAAAGCUCUUUUUUCAAAAUCAAACAGAAAAUAUUAACAUUUUACUUUCAGUUUUCUUAAAUUUAAUUUAAAAUGCAGUUUUUUGUCAGAAAUCUCAACGGCAAAACAAUAACUGUGGAGGCAAGUCCCAGUGAUGCCCUCAAAAAGAUUAAAUUACAAAUUCAACAGAAAGAGCAUGUUCCCGUAGAAGAACAAAUAAUUUCUUAUCAAAGCCGAGAACUAAAAAAUGACAAUGCCUCAAUUGCGAAUUUGAAUCUAUUGCCAAAUUCUACUUUGCAAUUGAGUCUCUUACUUCGAGGCGGAGGUGCAUAUGAUCGAACAGAUCCAAAGCUAGAAAUGUUAUGCUCGUGUAUCAGAAAAAUCGAAAAAUUGCCGGAAAUGUGGAUCGUCCGACUUACGGAAAAGAAGUUUGAUGCUAUCAAAACCUCUGUAAACAAUUACAGAUAUAUGUAAAUAGUGCAUAUAUGUAUCUAAAAACCACAUUCUGUAAUAUUUUAUGUUCAUAGAGGGCGAUAAAUUGUUAAUUAACACACAUGUCACA